AUGACAAGCAACGCACAAAAAUCGGAUGAGAGCAGAAGCAAACGUAAAAAAGAGGCCGAGAGUGAAGCUUUAGAAAAUCCACAGUUGUCCUCCCUUGAAACAUCAGAUCUGGAAUUUUCUGAGGGCUCGCAGUCCCUUUACAAAUCUGAACCUCUGGAAAAGGUUUUAAAUGAGAUGAACAAAGAAAUUAAGAACUUGCUAUCAAAAUAUGCCCAGAUUUUAAGUGACCGAGCAGCGAUGGAUGCUUCUUAUGUCCAGGAGCUUGAUGAAAUCUUGAGAGAGGCGAAAGCCAUAGAAAACCACUUGCUACAGAAAAGGGAGAGUUUGAAGCAGAGAUUCACAGUGAUCACAAAUACUCUGCAAAGCUAA